CCCGCUCCUCCCGCUCCUGCUCCGCUCCGCCGUCCGCCCCGCUCGCUCCCUCGCUCCCUCCCCUCUCCUCCCCUCCAUGGCAGGGCACGAAUGGGACUGGUUUCAGCGGGAGGAGCUGAUCGGGCAGAUCAGCGACAUCCGAGUUCAAAAUCUCCAAGUGGAAAGAGAAAAUGUUCAGAAGAGAACAUUCACCCGAUGGAUCAAUCUUCAUCUGGAGAAGUGUAAGCCGCCCCUGGAAGUGAAAGAUUUAUUCUUAGAUAUUCAAGAUGGAAAAAUCUUGAUGGCUCUGUUAGAAAUCCUGUCAGGGCAAAAGCUGCUGCAUGAAUAUAAGUCCUCAUCCCAUCGUAUUUUUCGGUUGAACAACAUAGCGAAAGCCCUUAAGUUUUUGGAGGACAGCAAUGUAAAACUAGUUAGCAUUGAUGCAGCUGAAAUAGCAGAUGGAAACUCCUCUUUGGUACUUGGACUGAUUUGGAACAUAAUCCUCUUUUUCCAGAUUAAGGAGCUUACUGGCAACCUAAAUAGAAACUCCUCCUCUUCCAGCCUGUCGUCUGGACUUGGAGGGACUGAUUCAGAUUCUUCCCACCCCACCACUCCCAACACUGAGAAAAAUGUGGCUGUGUCAGUCAAGGACCAGCGAAGAGCCAUUAGAGCCCUCUUAGCUUGGGUUCAGAAAAGAACCAGAAAAUACGGGGUUGCAGUUCAGGACUUUGCGGCCAGUUGGCGGAGCGGUCUUGCUUUCCUGGCCGUAAUCAAAGCAAUAGACCCCACUUUAGUAGACAUGAAGCAAGCUCUGGAGGAUUCAGCUCGGGAGAACCUGGAGAGAGCCUUCAGCAUAGCACAGGAUAGACUUCAUAUACCUAGGCUUCUAGAACCAGAAGAUGUAAUGGUGAAUACCCCAGAUGAACAGUCGGUCAUGACCUAUGUGGCACAGUUUCUAGAGCACUUUCCAGAACUGGAAGGAGAGGACUUUCCAGAUCCUGAUAAGGAAUUUCCAAUUGAAUCAACCUUUGUCCAUAUCAAGGAGACACCUGUAGAACAAGAGGGCAAGAUUUUUGUUCUUAAUGAAAACGGACAACGUGCAUAUACCAUUAAUCAUGAAACUAGCCAGCCACCUCCUCCAAAAGUCUUUGUUUGUGAUGCCCCAGGGGUGUGGGAGAAGAUUCCGUCUGAUGAACACCUCAGUGACCCUGCUGGUCUGGGUUUCUCUGAUAGUUCAAAUUUUGAGAUUUCUCAUGUAUCAGACAAUUCAAAUAACCAGAUGUCUCCAUUUACUGAUCAGUUAAUACCAGGGUGCUCAAAGAAGUCAGCUGACCUCAAUCAGUCAUUGUCAGAGCCGUCUGUUUUAUUACCAAAGAAAGAGAUUCAAAGGCCUAACUCUCUGCCAAUUAUGAGUUCCGACCAUUUUGAGUCAGAUACAUGUGAACAGGUUUUGGGAAAUGUGCUGACUCCACAUAAAUGGAGCACAAGUUCAUUGAAUGAGCCCCUGGAACAGAAAAGUAGCCUCUCACCAACUGUUGUGGCUGAUGGAAAUAAUACCAUUCUUCCUGCUGACUCUUUUGAAGUUGAUUCUGAGCAGUUGAAGGAAGAGACACCAGAGCGUUGUAAUGAAAUAACAGAUACCGCUAAGCACAAAAUCCAGGUUGGCUCUCCAUAUAGAGAUGAAAAGCAUGCUGUUGAGAGAGCUCGUUAUUCAGAGGGUAACUCUGAACUUUUGUCUUCAGAGGUAUCUCCGGAAAGCAGUGACAAUGUGGAUUCUACUGCCAACAAAGUACUGGACGAUCCUCUUUCAGCUAAUGACAAAAAAGCUAUCGUUAUUCCAGAUUCCUUGGAGGACAAUGUUAAACAGUUGGAGAGGACUGGUUCUUUAGAACACGAGGAAAUAAUAGAUUCGACUGUCUCCAACAAAAUUCUAGAUGAUUUUCCUUCGAUUUACGGAAAAAGCAGCGCGGUGGCCAAUUCUUUUGGGAAUGAUGCAGAACAGGUGGUUAGAAAGGGAUCGAAGUCUCACCCUGAAGUGACAGGUUCAACCUCGAUCAGCCUGUGUGUCAACGGUCCUCCCGGCACUCCCUUUAUCACUUCUGAUACACCCUCAACUAAGCCCCAAAAUCCAGAAAAGGCUGUUUCGAGGCUGUCUCCUGAAACAACUUUCCAAGAAGAAGAAAUGUACAACUACAUUUUACCUUUGGAAAAGGAAUGUUUAUUUAAAGGACUUGAGCAAGGUGAGCAGGUACAACAGGGGUCUGCUGGUCAGACUAAAGGGGAGUGUGGUGGAGUGGAGGAUGCUAGACCUGAAGGUCCAGGAGCAUCGCCAAGGGAUCAGGAAGAUAACAUUUCAAUAUCAUCACAGAGCAUUGUCAGCCUCGAGGAUAUUCAUGUCCAGGAGAGCCAGCAGGGAGAUGGAGCUGAUUUGAUGGCAACCUCAUCUUCUAAAGUUUCCGUCAUUCCCCAUGAUCUUUUUUACUAUCCGCAUUACAAUGUUCCCAUAUCGGCAGUUCUGGAAGCAUUUGCAGACUCCUCCUCCAGCCCUGAUGGCUCAAAAAGCAGGGAAACACUUCCCGAAACAUCAGCUCAGUGUUUACGAGAAUAUGGAUCUGGCCCAGUGGGGCUAAUCAGUGAAGGAGUUGCCCAGACGUCAUGUGUAGAGACGGAAAAUACUAUUCCGGUGACCCAGUUGGCUACUGUGUCUACUGAAAUCGAGCCAACAGAUCCUGACCAUGCCACUGUUCUGACAAAACCAUGUGAAGAAGCCGCUAUGACCUCAAACCAUGUGGGGCAGAAAAGAGACAUGACAAAAGAGAAAGAUCCUGGGUCCGGUUGGACUGUUAAUCUUCCCGAAAGUCUACAGUUUCAGGCCAUGGAAAACAUGGACCAGUUGGAGGCCACUUUGGAAACACUGCUGGGAGAAGCCAUCAGUAGUAAGAAAAAGGAAAAAAGGAAACAUGUGGAAAAAAGAGAAAUGGUGAAAAUUGCAGCAGCCGGACCUGCUUACUCACCAGAUGACCCAGAAGAUGAAAUCACUGAUAACAAGAUGUUUUCCAGGGCUAGUCACAGCGACUCAAGCAUUUACAUCCGGAGAGAUGCUAAUAAGCCCGUGGACACGGAUCAUUUCAACCGAAAGGAAUCGAGAAAAAGUGAUAUGGAAGAGAGAAGACAUCUGAUUACCAGGAAGAAUAACAACUCUGGAGAGGCUAAUGAGGAAGGAAGCUCAACUAUCCACACUGACUCAAUUACUCCUUUUGCGCAACAUCAAGAUACAAUGUAUUUUAUCUUGUUCCUUUGGUUGCUGGUAUACUGCCUAUUGGUCUUCCCUCAACUUGAUAUCAACAGACUUUGAUUGGGUCUGAAUAAUAAAUGAUAGUCAUUGGA